AUGUCGGAAGAAUUAAGUAAACAGACAGAAUCGUUGUCGUUGGACAAGGAAACCGUAUUGACUAACAAGUCGGAGUUCACCGCCAAGCACCCCUUGAACAACAAGUGGACUUUAUGGUACACAAAGCCCCAGGUCAACAAAAGUGAAAACUGGCACGAUUUGUUGAAACCCGUCAUCACAUUUUCGUCCGUAGAAGAGUUCUGGGGCAUCUAUAAUUCGAUUCCUCCAGCUAACCAGCUCCCCUUGAAGUCCGAUUACCAUUUGUUUAAGGAGGGAAUCAAGCCUGAAUGGGAAGAUGAACAAAAUGCCAAAGGAGGAAAAUGGCAAUAUUCAUUUUCUAACAAGAUUGGACCAGCUAUCAAUGAUUUGUGGUUGCGUGGAUUAUUGUCGGUGAUUGGUGAGACCAUUGAAGAUGAAGAAGACGAAGUAAAUGGAAUUGUUUUGAACGUAAGAAGACAAGCAAUCAGAAUUGGAGUGUGGACCAAAGACUGUGACAAUGCCAAGUUACGAACGGUUGGCGAGCGGUUGAAGAAGGUUUUGAAGUUGUCAGACGACCAGAAGAUCGAUUUCAUGUCGCACGACGAUUCUGGAAAGAAGGGGGCCGAGCCUCAGUUAGUGUUGUAG